ACUUUCUCUGGCCGAUCACGUCGUGCCAGAGAGACGGGCGCUCCUCUUGCUAAGACCGAAUUCCAUCUAUCGCAAUCAAAGUUCGUCGUGAGUGUUUCGUUGUGUAACGAUGGAUCGCUAGUGCCAUCAUGUCGUCGUCCAUCAACAUGCCUGUAAACAAGGCGAGCAGCGGUCAUAGUAGUCACGAUGAAUGCAGGUCAACGUCAUUAGCGUUGGAAACAGUGGCCGACGGAAAUGAUGAAACAGGCCAGGCCACUGCGUCGUGGACCAUCGGGACCAAAGUGAUCCACAGGGCAUUCGAUGAUCUCGCCUUGGAAGAGCUCUAUCAGAAAUAUUGCCAACGUUCCAGAGAGUCCGAUCUCGAUUGUUUCUUCUUGACCGGCUGUCUAGUGGCCGUCCACUCGGCCAUCAGUUUCUCGUUGAAACAGCCGGAGCAGGAGCUGCAGUCGCGCGUGCUCGUCGGUGCCGGUGUGUCCAGUGUAGUGGCCGUGGCCCAAGCCUCGCUCGGCUUCUACAUCCGUGGGCGAAAGAAAAAGAACUCGGCCGUUGAGCAAGGCGUUGAAGGUGCCCAUCAACAGGCCGCUGCUGCAAUCGUGACCUCCAUCGGCCGUCUCACCUACACUGCUUGGCUCUUGGCCAACGUGUUGAUUCUAGGUCUGCUGGCCGUCGUGCCCUCGUCCGACCAAGGCACAAGAGCUCUCACCUGGCUCCUUUUAAUCAACUUCUUGACGUGUGUCACUCUGCCACUUCGGCUACGUGUUUGUCUCUUCCUCACGUCCAUUGUCAGCCUCCUCUUUCUCGCCGUGUCGGCCUUCACGUCAUGGGAUCAUGCUGGACACCACCGCCCUACUCUUCAUCAACAGCUGAUGGGAGAAACUAUCCUCCUCGUGGGUUCCAUCAGCCUCGGAUUGGUGGCUUAUCUGGUGGCCGACAUCCGACAGAGAAAGGCCUUCCUCGACACACGCCAAUCGUUUGAAAUGAGACUGACCAUCGAGAACCAAGCCAGGGAACAGGAGCAACUGCUGCUAUCCGUACUGCCCGAGCACGUAGCCGUCAAGAUGCGUCAGGAUCUGGGCACAGCUCACGACGGGCAAUUCAAGAAGAUCUACAUGAGCCGGCACGAGAAUGUCAGCAUUCUAUUUGCAGACAUUGUUGGUUUUACUGCCAUUUCGUCGACUUACCCGGCAUCGGAAUUGGUCCACAUCCUCAACGAGCUGUUUGCCCGUUUUGAUCGUCUUUCGCAGAGAUAUCAUCAAAUGAGAAUCAAGAUUCUUGGCGACUGCUAUUAUUGCAUCUGUGGAGCGCCAGUCGAACGACCUGAUCACGCUGUCCUCUGCGUUUACAUGGGCUUGGCCAUGAUCGAUGCCAUCAAAUGCGUUCGGGAGUCGACGAGUUCUCCCGUAGACAUGCGAGUGGGAAUCCACACAGGAGCUGUCCUGGCUGGCGUCCUGGGUCAGCGGCAAUGGCAGUUUGACGUCUACAGCCAGGAUGUGGAGCUAGCCAACAAGAUGGAGAGCAGCGGGCAGCCAGGUCGUGUUCACGUAUCCAGCCGGACGUUGAGCUUCCUCGGAGAUGAAUUUGAAGUAGAGGCGGCCCAUGGCGAGAAGCGAGAACAGGUUCUACGCACAGCCGGAAUUGAGACCUAUUUUAUCCUACGCGCCCGCAAUCAGACCAGUCAUCAGACGGAAGACGAAUCUAAAAAGAUGGUGAUUGAACAAACAGAAGCCGCUACUGUAGCCAUCACAAAAGUGUUGCCCAGCGGCUUCGAUCAAGAAGCCGUUGCGGUGAACACAGUGUGCCAAACGUCUGACCCAGUAGACGGUUGGUGUGGAUGUUUCAAGCGUUGCAGCAAAGUAGACAAGACGACAUUAUUGGUGGUCGGAGAAGUGGCCGGAGAAAAUCGUAGUCUGCUACGUCCUAGCCGCUUGAAUGAACAACAACAUGUCGGAUCGGUAGGAAUAACUCGAGGGCCGUCGACUGGUAAUACAAACCCAACGAAUUUGAUGACGCAAACAUUCGUCGAUUCGGAGAGGGAAGCUAAAUACCGACUGCAUCGUGACGCUACGGCCGUCUACAAUCUUCUGGCUCUGCCGCUGGCCUUGACUUGGCUGGCCUUUUUCGCUCUGGCCACAAGUCCUUGGAAUCCCGUGUAUGUUCUAUUUUUCCCAGUCAUUGCCGGACUUCUUCUGCUCGUAGUUGUCGGUGUAGCCGACACUUGGGAAAACUGCGUAGGUUCACGUGAUUCUGUCGGCCAAGUGAAGAAGCUCAGCGCUCUCGUUAAUGGCAAGUUGGGACUUCGUUGCUGGCUCGUUGUCCUAGGCAUCCUGUUGCUGGUUGGUGCUCAUUUAAGUGGGCAGGGAUUUAGCCGGACGUUCCCUUGUCCUAGCGAAGCGUCACUCGUCUUAAUCAGCGUAGCGAUGGUGCCUCAUGUGGCCAGUUAUUUCAAAGGUACAUUCCUGCUGCUACUAUCAGCCACUUACAUUUGUCUGCCGUGGCUUCAUUACCAACCGACCUUGGACGUUCCCUGCUGGUUUCACAGAGACGGCCUACAUACCCAAGAGUUGAUUCUUGCUAGCUGUGUUUUGCUGGUCAUCUCUUUGGUUCUUUUCUCGUUAGCCAGGCAGCUGGAGUCAACUUCACGCAGUCUCUAUACCAACUGGGCUGGUAUCGAGGAACAACGAGAGCGAGCAGCUGAUUUGGGCCGAAGGAAUCAGGCUUUACUGUUCAAUAUACUGCCGGCUCACGUUGCCCAGCACUUCUUGCGCAAAGACAUCCAUCAACGAGACGAGCAGUUGUACAGUCAGAGCUAUACGAGCGUAGGUGUCCUCUUUGCUUCCAUACCGAAUUUCUCCGAAUUCUAUUCAGAAGAAACUGUCAAUAAUCAAGGACUAGAAUGUCUGCGUUUCCUUAACGAAGUCAUCUCGGAUUUCGAUGCGCUCCUCGAUCAGAGCCAAUUCUCCGACAUGACCAAGAUCAAAACGAUCGGAUCGACAUAUAUGGCCGCCAGCGGACUGAAUAUCACCCAGCAGCCAAAGGAGGACGAGGACAUCUCGAUACGUUGGAAACAUUUGGCACUUCUCGUAGAGUUCGCCCUGUCCAUGCAACGGACGCUACAAAAUAUUAAUGACCAGAGUUUUAAUCAUUUCGUUUUGCGAAUGGGCAUAAACCACGGUCCAACGACUGCUGGAGUCAUCGGUGCCACCAAACCGCAUUACGACAUUUGGGGAAAUGCGGUUAACGUGGCCUCUAGAAUGGAAAGCACCGGUAAAGCCGGAUGCAUACAGGUGACGGAAGAAACAAGUACCAUCCUGCGUCACUUUGGUUACCAGUUUGAGCAGCGCGGCUUGGUCUUUGUCAAAGGAAAAGGCCAGCUACUGACUUAUUACUUAAUCGAAUCAGACGCCAGUGUGACCUGAAAAAAAAGGAGCAACAUUUUGUCGAGUUCACAUCGACGUCAAAACAAUCAUGCGAAUCUCAUCGUUUUCUAUUUGUGUCAUGUAUGCUGAUGUUCCAUUUCUGAAAAUUUAUUAUCGUUAUUACACACCAAAAGCUCGUA